AAAUGUCAAGCUGUCAACUUUAGCAUGAGACAUGAUCGGCAUUUAAACACCAUUUUGAGAUCUCAUAAUCCUUGUGCCAUGGGUGACUCAUUGAUAAACACAGUGUCGACGGUCAAUUAUCUUGGUGUUACCUUUUCCUCUGAUCUCUUUUGGUCUUCUCACGUUUUAUUGUUAUCGAAGAAAGUUUUCCGUCUGACUUACUACAUUAAGAAAUUGCAUGCUUUUGGGAUCACUCGUCGUUUACUCCUACAAUUUGUCAACUCUUGCAUAUUACUUAUCAUUCUUUACUGUUCUCCGUUAUUCUUUCCCGGGCUUUUGAGAAAAGACUUUGCUGUACUGCGAAGAGUGCUGAAGGCAGUUAGCAAAGUGUGUGGUGAAUCUUUCGAGACCAUAACUAAUAUGGUCGUGGAUAGACAUUUAAAGUCAUGCAAACUCCUGGCAGGUGUUAUUUUAUCAGAUAAUAACCAUUCCCUUCACUCAUAUCUUUCUCCUUGUACAUCUUCUGGUAGAACGAGACAAAAUUACAUUAAAAUCCAAGCAGGCAAGCAAAAGUAUAAACGUUCUAUAAUACCUUACCUAGCAAAUGUACUCUGUGACGAACAGGUUGUUAGAGUUAACCUAGUCAAUAAUUUGCAUUCUUAAGAUGACUGUAAUUGAAAAUUUGUACAGUUUUUUCAGAUUUUUUUUAUUAACCGUUUUUUUCUGUAAAAGAAACUUGUUGAAAUAUUUUUGUGCUGAGAAUUCUAUAUUGUACCAAAAUAU